AUGCCCAAGAAGUCUGUAGUAAAAUAUAAUCGUCUUACUGAUGAGAUAGAUAAUCGACUACUAGCACAUAUUAAAAAGAUAGAACUAGAUAACAAAGGCGUUGUUAUAACUUCUAGCGUCGUCUCUGAAUAUGUGCGGAAUGCAGACUAUCGAUUUAGACGUAUGAAGAAGAUGCAACUGGAAAAGAGUAUUGAUAGAGUAUUGAAAACGCUCAAAAAGCAACGUCUUGAAGAACAGUCUGCAUCGUCAGUGGCAGCGCAAAUUGAUGAUGAACAGAUCGAGGAUGGUUCUCCGAGUGACAAUUCAGAUAUUACUAAUGAGGAAGAGGAUUCGGAUUUUGCACAACUUGAAGACGUUCGAUUGAUGGAAGUAAAAGACACGAAUUCUAUGAAUAAUUCUAUCACACGACUUUGGUCACAACGCCUCGCGCAAUCGUCUGAUUCCCCGCAGUUGGAAGUUGAUUCUACUCCAAAGGAUGCUGACACAUCAGAAAUUAUUUCAGAUUCACCAGCAAACCCGUACGCUUUAAGAACGCCUUCCAAGACAGCAAUUGUUACCAAAGAUGAUGUUAUGCCCGAAAAGCGAUUGCCAAAAAACAAAAGAAAAAUAACUCAGGAAUCAGAAUCUUUUAUAGAUGCUAAGAAACUAAAGGCGAGAAGUUCGUCAGUUCCCCGUGCCCGUCUGUCGGAUUUAGGCGGUGUCGAUGCUUGUAUUGAAGAGGUUCUUGAAUUGAUUGUCAUGCCUUUAGCCCAUCCAGAGAUUUAUUUGCAUACGGGAGUACAACCGCCCAGAGGCAUUUUAUUGCAUGGUCCGUCCGGAUGUGGAAAGACAUUACUUGCUCAUGCUAUUGCAGGGGAGCUGGGUGUUCCUUUUGUAAACAUCUCAGCACCAUCUAUAGUGUCGGGGAUGUCGGGAGAAUCAGAGAAGAAAGUCAGAGAAGUCUUUGACGAGGCGAAGGGAUUAGCGCCUUGCUUAAUCUUUAUUGAUGAAAUUGACGCGAUAACGCCAAAACGAGAAACUGCACAACGAGAGAUGGAAAGACGAAUUGUCGCACAGUUACUUACUUGCAUGGACGAUCUGUCAUGGGACAAAACUGAUAACAAGCCAGUCUUAAUAAUCGGGGCAACGAACCGUCCCGACUCUUUGGACCCUGCAUUGCGCCGAGCUGGAAGAUUUGAUAGGGAGAUAAGCAUGGGUGUGCCCGAUGAAGAAGCGAGAGAAAAAAUUUUGAGAGUCAUUGCAUCAAAACUAAGGCUUUCUGGUGACUUUGAUUUCAAGUCACUAGCAAGAAUGACGCCUGGUUAUGUCGGUGCUGAUUUGAAUGCACUAACUGCUGCUGCUGGCGUUAUUGCUGUUAAGCGAAUAUUUCAGCAAUUCGGCAAUGAUAUUACAUCUACACAAAAGACUGAUGACGAUACGGACGCGAUGAUAACAGAUGAGGGAGAUAUACUGACACUACAACAACCGCCAACUCCAACCACUACUAUGUUAACAUCGCAUGCAGAACCUUUAGUACUAUCGAUCCCGUCAAUAUCUCUGGAAUUCAGCAAUCGCUCCCCAACGGAACAACUUCGUUCCAUAUCUGCCUUUCUUCGAAACCAUCCGGAACCUCUCACACCUGUAGAACUCGAACCGCUCUCUAUCACAAGUGACGAUUUUAUACAAGCCCUUUCAAAGGUCCAACCUUCAUCUAAACGUGAAGGCUUUGCAACCGUCCCUGACGUCGCAUGGAGUGAUAUUGGCGCCCUAAAGUUCAUUCGAGAGGAACUCCGAAUGGCUAUUGUCGAGCCGAUUAAGCAUCCCGAAUUCUUCCAAAGAGUAGGGAUAACUGCACCAUCGGGCGUUUUACUUUGGGGUCCGCCAGGAUGUGGGAAGACACUAUUGGCAAAGGCUGUUGCCAAUGAAAGUCAUACAAGUUUCAUUUCUGUCAAGGGUCCAGAGCUAUUGAACAAGUAUGUGGGUGAAAGUGAGCGUGGAGUUCGACAGGUCUUUGCACGUGCACGAGCAUCUUCUCCAUGUGUAAUAUUCUUUGACGAACUAGAUGCAUUAUGUCCGCGCCGUGAUGACUCUAAGUCAGAGUCUUCUGCACGUGUCGUAAAUACACUACUCACCGAACUCGAUGGAUUAGAAAAUCGAAAACAAGUUUAUGUCAUUGCAGCUACUAAUAGACCAGAUAUCAUUGAUCCGGCAAUGAUGCGUCCAGGACGACUUGACAAAUUAUUAUACGUCGAAUUACCAACUGCUCCUGAACGCCAAGAAAUCUUACGAACAUUGACAGCAAAAACUCCACUCGCUGCCGAUAUAGACUUUAAAAAGGUUGCGGAAGACCAACGUUGUGAAGGCUUCAGUGGCGCUGAUUUAGCUUCCCUCGUUCGCGAAGCUGCAGUCGUUGCCUUGCGGGAGACAUUCUACGCGAAGGAUUCUAUGACUUCAAUAUCUCCCAAUGAAAUUUUUGUUACCGCAGAAAACUUCGAAGCUGCCUUUGCAAAGGUUGCUCCAAGCGUUUCCAAGCAAGACAAGAAGAAAUAUGACACCCUAAGAGUUAAGUUUGGAUGUGCUACAGAAAGCAAAGUUGCAGGGAGAGAUAAUCCCAUAUAA